AUGUCCAACAAUACUGCUCUCGGGAAGGCGAUUGAAUUGGUGACAAAAGCAACCGACGAGGAUACAAAGGGAAAUUAUGAUGCAGCUCUGAGGUUUUAUGAUCAGGCAAUUGAAUAUUUCCUUCAUGCGAUAAAAUACGAAUCACAAGGAGACAAACAGAAGAAUGCGAUACGUGACAAAGUGAAUCAGUAUCUGAAUCGAGCUGAACAGAUAAAACAGUUUCUGAAAGACGGGAAACAGAAGAAACCAGUGAAAGACGGAAAAGAUUCGUCGGAUGAGGAUGAUGACAAGAAAAAGUUCCAGGAUAAACUCUCGGGAGCAAUAGUGAUGGAGAAGCCAAAUGUGAAGUGGGAGGAUAUUGCAGGACUCGAAGGAGCAAAAGAGGCAUUGAAGGAGGCAGUUAUUCUGCCAAUCAAGUUUCCACAGCUUUUUACUGGUUAG